AGCCUAAUAAACGCUGUGAAAUAGGAUGUUGUAUUUGCAUCUUUAAAGUAGAGCGACGGUUAACAUAUAUAGACGGAUCAUGACAAAAUAAAAUUAGUGAACUACUCGCUGUAGCGCGGGGAGCUGAAAAAGUCGAUAGGUUGCAAAAUGGACAUCAGCUCAUCGUUGGUAGCUGCGUUUGUGGGAAUAUUGACCGUAGUUUUAUGUGGAUAUUUGUACAGACGAUCGAGACGGCCAGCUCGACUGAAGGCACCUCGGGGCGUGGUUAUCCUGUACCAGAUAGGGCGCGGCCCGAGGGCUCCAAGCGUGUCUCCCUUUCCAAUGAAACUAGAAACAUUCCUAAGAAUGCACAACAUACCCUACAUGAAUGAUCACUCCGGUCAGUUCUCUAAGAAAGGAAAGACACCGUGGAUCGAGCUGGACGGACGGGCAAUCGCUGACUCCCAACUCGCAAUAGAGUACAUGAAGACUGCCUUCCGUCUCCCCGCCGAGGCCCAUUUGACGCUAGAACAGCGUGCGGCCGCUAGGGGAUUCCUGAAGCUUACUGAGGAAAACCUCUACUGGACGAUGUGUAUAGAUUUUUUCGGCGGCGAUUUACAAGAGGCCCGGCGAUUGUUCCCCUAUACCGGCCUCAAACUGUGGAUGACCUUGACGUUAUUACGCUUGGUUAUCAAACUUGAGACAUGGGGCCACGGGAUCGGGCGUCACUCGAGUGAAGAGGUGUGGGAUAUUGCAGUCAAAGAUAUGACGGCGCUCUCGGACUUUCUCGGCACAAAACCCUUUUUAAUGGGCGAAGAACCAAGCGAGGUAGAUUGUGCAGUGUUCGGAAUGCUGGCACAGAUAUACUGGCAUAUGCAGGGACAGAGACAUCAGGUGUAUAUGAAAGAAAACCUACCGAAUCUAGUAGACUACACUGUGCGGAUGAAGACGAAAUACUGGCCCGACUGGGACACUAUAACUUUAGAAGGAGCAAACUACACUAAUGACCACGGAAAACUGUACUGUCCGGAAAAGGUUGGAACCAAUGAAAACGGAAAUAUUUCGGAGAAAGUCGGGACGAAUGACAACGGAAAUUUUCCGGAACAAGUCGGAGCCAAUGACAACGUGUCAUUUUCGGGACCAGUAGGAUACGGAAACAACAGUUGAAACAUUUUUCUCGAAAAAAAAACAACAACAAACCAAUUGUGACAGACUUCUGCAAUGGCUGCUGUCUGAUUAGGUAGGGUAAAACCCAAUGUUAUAAAUAUUCGGAACAUCAGGGCAAUUGUGAGCGGAGAUCAGGAUUUGUGGUGAAAAAACAAUAACAACAUCUGAACUUUUAAACGACACGCGAUACAAAUGAAUUAAUGACCUACUGCAAAAUGCAAUAUCGAAUAACAUGAAUGUAUGAAACACGUCAGGAUCUGACAUUUUGCAGGUGUUUUUAACUUCUUAAGUAGAUUUAUUCCACGGAAAAUAACAAUAAAAAUCACUUAUGUGCCACCACCUUGGCAACCGUUUCACAUUACGGACAAGAUUUAUUUGCCAGUACUUAAACGAUUGCAAACUGAGACAAGUAUGUCAUUGUUCUCAGUCCUUGAAUAAGAUGCAAAUAUAUGAAGAGUACGCACUUCCCUAACAUGAGACAUUUUGCUGAAUGGCUGCUGUUUAAGUGGAAUUUAUGUUUUGUUUAUGAUAUUUUGUUGUUGUUGUUGUUGUUUGUAUAGCAAUGUACCAGGUAUUCAGUAUUAAGUAUCCAUGUAUAUAUUUCCCAUACCGCUUAUUUCUUAAUUUUCAGAGUACAUGCAUAUUGUCCGUCUUUCCAUUAUCAUCAGAAAUUAAUGUAUGAAUAUUU